CCUCCGUCUUCCUCAUCACACUCUCCUCCCAUAUCUUCUUCUUCAUCUUCUUCUACUUUCAUUUUCGUAUUGGAAGAAGGUCUUCUCAUAUCUCUGCAAAUAAUUUAUCAAAAAAAAAAAAGAAGCAGAAGAAGAUGUUGCAGGAUAUGUGGAAUGCUCCUCCUGGUUUCAGACCGACCAAGUCGGCUCCUUCGUCCCCAGCCAAGCCUCUUGGAGUUUCCAGAACUCGGUCCGAGUCGUUUCAUGUGACUCACAAGGUACCAGUUGGAGAUUCUCCUUAUGUCAGAGCCAAAAAUGUUCAAUUGGUGGAUAAGGAUCCAGAGAAAGCUAUUCCGCUGUUCUGGGCAGCCAUUAAUUCUGGAGAUAGAGUGGAUAGUGCUCUUAAAGACAUGGCUAUAGUGAUGAAGCAACAGAAUCGGGCUGAAGAAGCCAUUGAAGCUAUUAAGUCGUUAAGACAUAGGUGUUCAGAUCAAGCUCAAGAGUCUCUUGAUAACAUUCUUUUGGAUCUUUAUAAGAGAUGUGGUAGAUUGGAUGACCAAAUAGCACUGUUGAGACAUAAGUUGUACUUGAUUCAGCAAGGUCUAGCAUUCAAUGGAAAACGAACUAAGACAGCUCGAUCUCAAGGAAAGAAAUUUCAGGUCUCUGUGGAGCAAGAGGCUACUAGAUUACUUGGGAAUCUAGGGUGGGCAUUGAUGCAGCAAAACAACUACAUUGAAGCUGAAGAUGCCUAUCGCAGAGCACUGGCAAUUUCACCAGACAACAACAAAAUGUGCAACCUUGGUAUCUGCUUGAUGAAACAAGGCCGAAUAACCGAGGCCAAAGAGAAUCUCCGCCGUGUUAAACCUGCCAUUGCAGAUGGUCCAAGAGGCACUGAUUCCCAUCUCAAAGCCUAUGAGAGGGCACAGCAGAUGCUCAAAGAUCUUGAGUCUGAGAUGUUGAACAAGGGAGGUGACAGAGUCGAACAAAGCCGCCUUUUCGAUGCUUUCCUCGGCUCAUCAUCAAUCUGGCAGCCUCAGCCUUGCAAAGAUCAUGUCACUUUUCCACCAACAGAUUCAAUCAAGACCCUCUCACAAGACGAUUUCGCUGAUGAGAAUGCCAAUUCUAACAUAUUAGUAGCUCAGGAACUGAGUCUUCCACAGCCAAAAAUAACAAAGCAGCAGCAUCAGCAACAGCAGCAGCUUACUCCUAGUAUUUUGAACUCACUGAAUAUUGCUGCACAGCCAUUUUACUCGGCUAAAUUCACAAGAGAUCCACUACAACCUCCAAUUUCAACUCAAUUUCCUGAGACCCUCAAGAGAACAAGGUCAGGAAAUGCAGCUAGUUCAAUGGGAGUAACAAAAGCAAGUAGUGAGAACACAAAGCCAGUUGCUGCAGCGGUUUCAUCCGGAUUGGUAGACAUCCCAGAGAAUAACAAGACUAGACGACUGUCUAACACUAGUGAAGAAGAACCAGCAGCUCAGAAGAAGACUGAAAUGUUGUCCUUGCCUGAUAACAAGGACUUUGAAGAGGCAAUUCUUGCAGCUGUUUUAGGAGGCCCAUCAAGUGAAAAUGGGAAAGUGAUUGAAAGGAAGAUUGAAAAGAGACUUAAGGUCUUUCAAGACAUCACACUCUCACUCAGUCCAAGGGCCUAAAAAUCCCGACUCUGAGAGAGAAAUAGAGAGAGAAAGAGAGAGAGAGAGAUCAUUCCUCUAUUCUUUUUACUUAUUAUUAUUAUUAUUUUUAACUAAUUUAAUUUCUGAAGCUAAAAUAGUUUUUAGGCAGGGAGAUAUACUUGUUCUCCUUUGAUUUCGAGGAUCCUGUAGAGGAUGAAUUUGUUGUUGUAGAGAUCAUCAGUGUUCUACUUUGUAUGACUGUGUAACAAGUACUAGAGAGUAGAGUACUUUGAGAGAGAGAGAGAUUAGUAUUAUAAUUCCACUAAGGGAGGAAGCUUCUUUAAUCUCUAUUUUAUUCAUGUUUGCCUCUUUAAUCAGGCUGAUUAUUAAUAAAAAAAUAACAAUAAUCUGAUGUCU